CCGGCCAGAGAUUCCCCGCCGACACCCGUUGAUUGUUGGGCAAAGCUGACGGGAGAAACCAGACAUGCUGCUUUGUAUUUCUCUGUACAGCAGAUAAAUUCAAAGCAGCAUGUCUCCCUAGUAAAACACACAGCACAUAAUGUAAAACAGCACACAGUUAACCCUUUGAUCGUCCCAGAUGUUAACCCCUUCCUGCCCAGUGUCAUUAGUACACUGUCAGUGCUUUUUAUUAGCUUGUUAUUAGUGUCAUUAAGAUGUCAGUAGCAGUUAGUCAGUUCCCACCCAGUGUCAGAAUGCCUGCCGCAGUCCCGCUAUAA